GCACCGUGAUCGGGUCAGACAGGACAGGUGAGUUUCACCUGCAGCUCACAUCUUCUCCAGAACAAAAGGAGGGCGACUCCCAGGCGGGUUUUAACCUGAGGACCAACACACGGAGGAAUAUCAGCAGAGACCAGGUCCGGAUGUCUUCAGGAGGAGUUGGUUCUGUCCCCAGGUUCGACCGGGUGCGAGAGGUCCCUCACUAUGACCAGGUCCCUCUGGACCCCUUAUGGCAUAAUACUUUUCCCUUUCCCCCGGGGCCAAUGAAUGGAGCAGUGCAAGCUCUCAGCUUAGACCCCCUUCCCCCUCCCCCUCUACCUGGUCAACCAGCUGUUGGUCCUGAAUCUUUCUACCCCGCUAGCGAUGAAGACUCAAUGGAGGGCGAUCAUGAUGCCAUGGACAUUAAGCCAGUCCAUCGUUUUGUCCCUGACUCAGUCAAGAACUUUUUCCGGGGCAAUAGCGGCAACCGUGACAGCCAGGGACGGUCCAUCCCUCCGUCAACUGCCCCUCACUCGCCUGCACCCUCAUCCAAGAAGAGUUCCAACUGCCGCACCACAACAGGGGUCCCCUGCUCACCCCCCCACUCCGCUCCUCCAUCUCCGUCCAUUCCUGGCUCCAACUGGGGCCACAACGGAGGCUCUGGGAGCAGCUACAACGCUCACAAGGAAGACGGACUGCUACUGGGUGCUGAAGCUCUCAGCUCUGCAUCUGCAGUGCCCACCAAUCUAUCAACACAGACCUAUCAGGAGCGGGUGGAGGAGUAUCACAUGCGCUAUGCCUACAUGAAGUCCUGGGCUGGCCUGUUGAGAAUCCUUGGCUGCGUGGAGCUACUGCUUGGAGCGGCUGUGUUUGCCUGUGUCUGCGCAUAUGUUCAUAAAGACAACGAGUGGUUUAAUAUGUAUGGAUACUCUGGGCCACAGCUGUUUGGAGGACUUGGUGGAGGGGCAGGUGGAUCGGGGGGCAGUUACUACACAGGCCCCAAAACUCCAUUUGUCCUGGUGGUGGCUGGUAUGGCAUGGAUAGUGACUGUUAUUCUAGUGGUUCUUGGGAUGUCAAUGUACUACAGAGCCAUCCUUCUAGACUCUUCCUGGUGGCCACUCACAGAGUGCUCCAUCAACCUUGUGUUGGCUGUGCUCUACAUAGCAGCAGGGGUGGUGUAUGUCAGGGACACCACUCGAGGAGGGAUGUGCAACAUACCAGUCUUCAAUAAUGGAAUAAACGGCGCGUUUUGUCGCACAGAGGCUGGCCAGAAUGCAGCUAUCGUCUUCCUCUUCAUCACCAUGGUGCUCUACCUCAUUAGUACAGGAGUGUGUCUGAAGCUGUGGAGGCAUGAAGUAGCCAGGAUAAGGAGGGAGGCACUGGAACAGGAGAUGAAAACUGCAUCAUCAUUCCCUCUGUCUAUACUGGGUCCAGGCUCCAGGGCCUCAGAGCAGACUCCUCUCCCCACCAUCCUGCCAGACCUCAUGGACGCCCCAAACAACUCUGCAGCUGCUCCUGUGAGGAUGCUGGAGCCAGAGAUCCUGCAAGGUCACAUACCAGCCGGAUACAUCCCAAAACCUGUAGUAAUAGCCGACUAUGUGGCGAAGUACCCCAGCAUACGCUCAGAGGAGGAGAGGGACCAGUACAGGGCUGUGUUCAAUGACCAAUAUGCUGAGUAUAAGGAGCUGCACAGUGAGGUUCAGGCAAUGGCUUCUAAGUUUGAGGAUAUGGACGAGAUGAUACAGAAUCUUCCCUCCCGGCCGUCAAGCCAAAUGGAGAAGGAGCGGAUCAGUGGCAUUUUAAUGGAAUAUCAGAGAAAGAAAAAUGACCCGACAUAUUUGGAAAAAAGAGAGAGGUGUGAGUACCUGAAGAACAAGCUCUCUCACAUGAAACAGAAGAUUCAUGAGUACAACAAGGCCGCCGUCUGGAACGAUGGCAAAUGCUUUAGACUAGCGUCGCUUCUGUUUGUGUCAGGAUCAGACGGUGCAUCGUGCAGAGGUGAGUGCCAGCUGGAUAUCAGAAUGCCGAGAGACAAACAUGGCCCCCCAGCAUACCCGGCAGGUGGCAGUAAACACCACAGCAGCAGACACAGGCGCAGUGAGCUUGUGUCCAACCCAGCCUUCUCCUACCACCCGGGAGACAAGAUGCUUCACUUCUACCGCUGGACCUCACCCCCGGGUGUGAUGAAGAUAUUGUGUAUCAUCAUCGUCAUCAUGUGUGUGGCCGUGUUCGCCUGUGUGGCCUCCACGCUGGCCUGGGACUACGAUAUGAGUCUCAUGGGUCUUGGAGGUGGAGGUGGCUUGAUGCCAGGUUAUGGUGGUGGCGCAUACGGUGGCUCGUAUGGCGGUUCAUAUGGUGGCUCCUAUGGCGGUAAUUACGGCAGCUCAUAUGGAGGCGGCGGUGCUGGCAGUGGCAGUUCCUACGGAAUGGGAGAAACGCAAAUGGAUCCCAAGACUGGCAAAGGCUUCAUCAUCGGCAUUUCAGCCAUUACCUUUAUAGCUGUGCUCAUUAUAUUCGUGUUGGUUGUUUCGAGGCAAAAUGCUGCCCGCUCAGUAAAGUUCUACCUAGCAACCAUCAUCAUCAGCGCCAUCCUAGCGUUUCUGAUGAUCAUUGCCACGAUAGUGUACCUGGUAGCGGUGAACCCAACAGCCCAGUCCACGGGGUCUGUCUACUCCAGCCAGAUCCGCCAGCUGUGUUCCCAGUACCAGACUGAGACCCAGGCCCAGGGCAUCUUCCUGAACCAAUACCUUUACCAUUACUGUGUGGUGGAGGCUCAAGAGGCCAUCGCCAUUGUCCUGGGCUUCCUUGUGUUUGUCGGUCUCAUCAUCCUGCUGGUGUUCGCUGUCAAGACUCGCUCGCAGAUCAGGCACUGGGGCCCAGAGCGCAUUCUCUGGGAGGAAGUGAAGGUCAUCACAGACGGUCCGCACAACAGUGUCGGGGAGUGGGUGAACAAUGUGACUGGUGACCCAGAGAUAAUGGUGAAUGACUAUAAUGACAAAGUUGGGGGUUCCAGAGACUAUCUGGACCGACUGGACAACAAGCCUCUUUACCUCCCAGGAGAUUCAGACAUAAGCAGCUCUGUGGGAAACCUGAAGCCCAGGCUGAAGGACUAUGACACUGGCGCAGAGUCUGGAGAUGACCUGGAGGAGGAGGACUUCAGCAUGUUGUUUCCUUCCAUUGUGGAUGAGCAAGAACGUCUGACCUACAAGCGGGAGUUUGACCUGGAUCACCAGGAGUACAAGGACCUGCAGUCUGAGCUGGACAACAUAAACCAGGACCUGGCCCAUCUGAACAGAGAGCUCGACCGACAGCCUGAGGGCAGUCCACAGUUCUUGGAUGCCAUGAAUAGAUACACCAGACUGAAGAAUCACAAGAAGACCCCAGACUACCAGAUAAAGAAGAAGAGGUGUAAAUAUCUCAGGUCCAAACUGUCACACAUCAAGAGGAAGAUCAGUGACUAUGACCGACGACCAUGAACCUUACCGCUGACCCAUUCACAAAGGGAAAGUAACUAAUCUGCAGUUUUCCACCGCAGCGUGUUGAGAUUGAUCACAGACCGAUAUGUGAUCGUUACAGUGAAAAGCCUGUCACUUUAUGUUACAUCUGUAUUGAGCCAUGGAACUUUUUCAAAGACAAGUAGGUGAAGGAAAUAUUGAUGUUUUUUUGUUUUUUUUUAUAGAUAUAUAUCGACUUUUAAGGUUCUUAACCUCUAUAAGUUUAUCAUGAAAACCUUUUUUAAGGAACAAUUAAAUUGUGAAUCUCUCCUGAAGAAAGAAAAUUAGGGAUGUGAUGUGAAUUGUCUUUGUUUCAUUACUAGUGAAGCAGUUAUUGUGUUUCUUUUAUAGUUUAAAAAAAAAUCAUGUUUGAUAUAUUCCUGUACAAUGAAGGUGCAGCUUAGACAUGAAUUUGUGGGAUAUGAAGUCACUGACCGCCCUUUGUAAAUUAUGUUAAGUUUUAAUCUUUGCAAAUAUUUUUAAUUGUUGUAUAAAGAGCUUUUCUGUACUUAUUUUUGCUGUUUUAUGUAAAUGAUGAAACCUCGGUUCUCAAAUGGAAUCCCCCAAAUGUAACUGAGUGCUUUCUCUUAUGGUGUGUCAACAACAUGUUGGACAUUUGACUUCUAAUGUACUUCAGUUAAUUUGAAUCAAAAGCCAAUAAAUUCCUUUCUCCCUCUAACUA